GUAUACUUUAUUACACUAAAUUUAAAGCAAGUUAGCAAAGGUCGAAUUAUUCUUUCAAACAUAAUUAGCUCUUCUUUUUAUUUCUUUCUUUGUUCCGUCCCAAUAGGCAGCCAUGGUGCUGGAGGCAACAAUGAUUUGCAUAGACAAUUCCGAAUCGAUGCGGAACGGAGAUUAUCCUCCGUCAAGGUUCGAAGCUCAAGCCGAAGCCAUUAAUCUUAUCUGCUCUGCUAAACUCGAGUCUAAUCCCGAGAAUACGGUCGGAUUGUUGACAAUGGCCGGAAACGGCAAAGGCGCCAGCGUGUUGAUCACUCCGACCAACGAUCUCGCCGACGUUUUAGCCCGGAUGCACGCUGUAGAAAUCGGCGGCGAGAUAAACCUGGCUGUAGGACUUGAAGUGGCGCAAUUGCCUCUGAAACAUCGUCAGAACAGGUAUCAGCGGCAGCGGAUCGUUGUAUUCGCCGGGAGCUCUGUUCAUGACAGAACAGAGGAAUUGGAGAUGAUCGGGAAGAAACUGAAGAAAAACGGGGUGGCCCUUGAUGUGAUCAGCUUCGGUGAAGAAGAUGAAGGGAAGAACGAGAAGCUCUCGGCUUUGGUAGCUGCAGCCGACCACAAUGAUAACAGCCAUUUUGUUCUGGUUCCUCUGGGUGGUUAUUAUCCUGGUGCUCUUUCUGAGGUUCUUGCAAGUUCUCCGAUCUUAGUUGGUGGCGGUGGUGAUGAUUGGGAGGGUGGAAGUGGCUUUGCAGCUGCGCCGUCGUCGUCUGCGUAUUCGUCAGGCGGCGGUUUAGGGGGUUUGGAAUUUGAUGUGGAUCCUAAUUUGGAUCCUGAAUUGGCUCUGGCUCUCCGGGUUUCAAUGGAAGAGGAGAGAGCCAGGCAAGAAGCUGCUGCAAAACAGGAGGCUGGCAGAGGAGGAGAAUAA